AUCGGGAUGCAGCUAUGCCAACGCGGGGUGCGGAAUUUCUAGGGCCGGGAAGAUUGCCAUUCCGCCUCGUCGAAUCGGGCUGAGCUGAUGGGGUUUUGGGUGGAGCUGAAGGGUUUCGAACGAUGGGGCUACUACUUCCGGAGGUAAUUCUUGCUCUCACUGUCGGGAUUGAGUGCUGGAAUGGUGCAGGGGACGACGAGCGAGCGUGUUUGCUCGCUCCAUCCGUCGAUUUUGGUCGUGCAGCUGCUGGAGUUUAGCCUGCACAUGGUUGAGGGAUGCGAUGGAGGAAUCAGCGGGUCCGAGUACUGCUACUUGGGAGACUUCGACGCCUCGAGCAACCUGGAGGCGUGGCAGAGGUUCGGAACUGCGGUGCGUGUCGCUCACUCGCACGCCUUCGUGAGCUCGUACAUGAGCUUCGACGAGAUCACCGAUUGCAGCACAGCGAUGGCUCGAGCUCCAGCGAGGAUUUUUUCCUCCUCACCACGCAGUGCCUGAAGCGAAUGCAGGGCGCCUCGUCGCUGCAACAUUGAUUCGGCGAGCCGAACACAAAGCCGAGGGCAUCCGUUUUGACUUCGACUACCUGUACUACUUCUCGGUCGACCCGAGUGGAACUCCUUCAGGCUCCGAAAUCCGAAUCUUGGCACUCCGAACUCCUGACGGCCCGACAGAAUUUCCGAGGCACAAAACAUGGUCAUCACCGCCGGCAACGACAGCAACAGGAUGUAGAUCACCGUGAGAUUCGAGAAGUCAAAAGAGCGUAUGUGUAACAUAUUUGAUGGCUCCAUUUAUGAGUCCUACUGAUUUCAUCUUCUUCAACAUCUUGGGGAGCAUGAUCACAAAGCAUUAUUUGACUCAGGGUUCAUUCUACCAGACUGCGAUGCAAUCACAUCCGCAAUUGUGUAUAUAGAGGAUAUGGCUGUGGUUAUCCAGGAAAUAGUCCACCUAAAAAUGGUGGACACCGAGUGUAACUAUGAAAGCAUUCGAGGUGACCAGGUCCAGACUGAGAUCCGUCCAAUCAGAGGGAUGGUACACGAUGCAAGAUCCAAAACCCAAAUGAUUAAAAAUAAAAGCUCGUUCGAUCUUUGAACUGUGUUGUGCAUGAUCACGCUUGCAAAAAUCAGGAACUUGAGACUGGAACUACAGUCUACUCUCUUAUUGUAACGUGGGAGUAGCUCCCUUUGUUAGACGUACGGACGUUAUUUGUUAGCGAUAGGUUUUAUAGUUGCAAUCAAACCUUAGUGGACACAAAACACCAUAGCAAAAUUUCAAAGUAAAUGAUUAUUGAGAAGGUGCACUCUUUGUUACUUCGAUAUAAGUAGUAGUAUUAUACUUUAGUAGCCUACACAGG